AUGACUGUAAAAGAGCAAAUAUCACAACUUGAUGGCUGGAAUCUUAUCGUAGUUCGGAACACGACGAAGAAAAAUUGCUCUGUCACUCGAGAAAAUGUGCGCUAUGUACCAAACGAAAAAGGAGGUUUUAGCGGCAGGAAUGUUGGGUACAUAUAUGCAACAUGGAGUGGAGCUGACUGGAUUUAUGACUUUGGCAAUGGGAUAGUUCCUUCUAAUGCGUCGUUAUCUCUUUUUGACUACACCGACUACAUCAGCGGGUUACAAUAUGGCACCGAUGACUACGAGUCAGAAAGAUUGAUGAGAACUCCGGCUGUACAACAUGGACUAAUCAAACCUUACGAAAUGCUCUCCAACACGAAUAAAGCUUCGAAACGAUGGAGAGCUCUUUUUCCAUGGGACGCUCUCAACACUCUUUUUCCCAAAAGAGCAUUCUUCACGUUAUUUUUGCCCACAUCGAAAGGAAGUACCUCCACACUUCUUCGAUCUUUGUUUGUGCAAAAACUUCUGCAUACUUUCGGAGAUGCUAAUGCGAUUCAUCCAAUUCGUGCUGAUAUGCUACAAUUCACUGAAAAGCAGAUUAUAGAAGAUUUCGAGGGGUAA